GUGGCGUUUCGUUAUCCACGGUUGCAUCGAUGGCUACAGCAGAGUUAUCGUGUACCUUGCAUGUAGCGUCGACAACACGUCUGCAACGGUUUUGAAAUUAUUUGAAGAAGCGGUUGCCAAAUGGGGGCUUCCUUCUCGAGUGAGAGGCGAUAUGGGCGUGGAAAACCGUGCUGUUGCACAUUACAUGUUAAACCAUCCUGCAAGGGGACCAUCACGAGGAAGUUACCUAACAGGCCGCAGUGUUCACAACUCGAGAAUAGAGCGAUUGUGGAGGGACGUUUAUCAAGCUGUUUUGUCCGUGUUUUACGACCUUUUCACAUUCAUGGAAAGUGACGGAAUACUAGAUCCUGACAAUGAACACCAUAUCUUUUGCCUCCAUGCUGUUUAUAAGCCUAUCAUAAAUGAUAUGUUAACAAAUUUUGCAAACGCUUGGAUAAACCACAAAAUGCGCACAACCUCUAACAAAAGUCCGCUUCAAAUAUUUAUCAUGGGCAUGCAGCAAAUUCAACAUGAAAACGGCACGAUUGCCAACCAAUACUUCGAAAAUCUGUCCGAGGUAAGUUAAUCGUGCACUUAUACGCCCUGCAAAUCAUGUACUGCAUUCAGGUUUGGACCAGGGGCGUAGCCAAUGAAUGGGUACAGAUCCCUCUUUUCUUCACGACCACUUUUGUGACUCUUCCAAAACUGAGGAAAAAUUGGGGGUGAAGGAAAAUUCUCACAAACUGUCUUACAGUACAACCCUUAGACUCCCCCACGCGUCAGGGGCUGGCUACGCUUCUCCCGUUUUGGGAUAAACCUGAUGGUGUGUAUAGUAAUGUUAGAUAUACUGUAGUAAACAAAUUGAGAUUUACGAGCUGCAGUAGUUUACGCUCUUUCACUAUUUUUCACAAGACGAUUAAACCGAAUCUUCUCAGCCUGAUACGGCGAAGAAGUUCAUGUAACUGCAUGGUACUGAGGCUGUAUUUUUUCUACAAUCAAGGAUGAAUUGCAUACAUACGGGGUAGAUGUAGAGGCAGGUUUGCCAGAGUACAAUGAGGAUGCCAGUGAUGAUGGAGUUAUUGUACCUGAAACAUUAAAUCCUCUGGACGAAGCAGCUCUUGUGAACUUUUUGGAAAGAAUCUCUGCCGUUGAGCGUACAGAUCCUUGGGACAUUGAGGCAUACCUAUGCGCACUGCAAACACUAGACGAAUUGCUAUUGCAUGAAUUGGCAUAA